AUGUCGUCUUCGAUGUCCGUUGUCAGAAUUUCGUUCGAACAUUUCAUAAAACAAAGGCUACUGCCUCAGACUUUAUGCAGAAGAAAAUCGUCAUUAUCAAGUGAAAAACCUAAGCAAGACUCCCAAUCAACUGACUCUUUAUUUACGGAGGAACACGCACAACUUAGAGCAAGCUUGAGAAAGAUUAUAGAGAAAGACAUCAACCCGUUUGUGGAUGAAUGGGAGGCGGCCAAACAGUUUCCAGCCCAUCAGGUCUUCAAGAAGCUUGGAGAGGCAGGAUUCCUGGGCGUGUCCAAACCAACAGAGUAUGGAGGUAUGGGGCUGGACUUCAGUUACAGCAUGGCCGUGGCAGAAGAGCUGGGCUAUAUCACCUGUGGGGGCAUCCCCAUGGCCAUUGGAGUGCAGACUGACAUGGCUACACCUGCAUUAGCACAGUUUGGAAGUGACCGAGUGAAGCGUGAGUUCCUGGCCCCGUCCAUCUCAGGAGACAUUGUGGCCUGCUUAGGGGUCAGUGAGGUCGGAUCAGGGUCAGAUGUUGCCAGUAUCCAGACAAGGGCAGAGAAGAAGGGAGGUGACUAUGUCAUUAACGGGGGGAAGAUGUGGACAACCAAUGGUCUGCAGGCUGACUGGAUGUGCCUCCUGGCAAAUACAGGACAGGGACCUGCGCAUCGCAACAAGUCACUCAUAUGUCUGCCCAUGAAAACGAAAGGUGUGCACAUCUCAAAGAAGAUUGAGAAAAUGGGCAUGUGGAGUUCUGACACUGCCCAGGUGUUCUUUGAGGAUGUGAGGGUGCCCCAGGAGUAUCUGAUAGGGGAGGAGGGCCAGGGGUUCACCUACCAGAUGAUACAGUUCCAGGCAGAGAGGAUGUGGGGAGCUGCAGCCACCCUGAUACCCCUUCAAAACAUCAUCCAGGACACCAUUGCCUACACACAGUCUCGAAAGGCAUUUGGACAGCCAAUCCUGAACAACCAGACUGUGCACUAUACUCUCGCUGAGCUGGAAACAGAGGUGGAGCUACUCAGAGCUUUGUUGUAUAGGACCGUUGCCCUGUAUGUGCAAGGCAACGAUGUGACCAAGUUUGCCUCCAUGUGUAAGCUGAAGGCAGGGCGCCUGGCCAGAGAGGUCACAGAUCAGUGCUUGCAGUUCUGGGGAGGAAUGGGCUUUACACAGGAAGUGCUCGUCAGCAGGUUUUAUAGAGAUUUCCGCUUAAUUUCUAUUGGCGGUGGUGCAGAUGAAGUGAUGCUGUCAAUCAUUUGUAAAUACAUGAACACUUUACCAAAACCACAACCACUAAAGAAAUAGAAGCUUCUAGCUACCAGUUUGCUGCCCUGCAAAUCUAUGUUCAGUUAUUGUAUAUUUACCUCAUGAAAAUUUGUGGAGACUGUGAUUUUAUGCCCCCAAAGGUGGGCAUAUAGUGAUCGCACUGUCUGUCUGUCUGUCUGUCUGUCUGUCUGUCUGUCUGUCUGUCUGUCUGUCUGUCUGUCUGUCUGUCUGUCUGUCUGUCUGUCUGUCUGUCUGUCUGUCUGUCUGUCUGUCUG